GAAUAACGUCAGUUGUAUUUCAGUUUAAAAAGAAUAUGGCCGUGUUAGGCCCAAAUGUGAGUGUAAAUAUGAACGGUCAUAAUAAUAUUCAUAGUCAGUUAUCAAAAUCUUUAGAACGAAUUUUGGAAGACGCUUGUUUAAGUGGUGAAUUAAAAUUAAGCGGACGUAAGUUGCGAGAGUUUCCAAAACCAGUGAAGUUUGACUUGAGUGAUACAGUUAUUGCUGAUUUAUCAAAAAACCGAUUUUGUGAAUUGCCCGAUGAAGUGACCACAUAUAUAUUUUUAGAGAAGUUAUUACUAUCACAUAACAUUAUAAGGAGUAUACCUGAUGCCGUUGGAGGCCUUCAGUCACUCACGUAUUUAGAUUUAAGUUCAAAUCAGCUCACGGAGCUCCCACGAGAAGUAUGCCAGAUGCCACUGCAAGUGCUCCUGGUGCAGGACAACAUGCUGUUGAGCCUGCCGAAGGAGAUCGGCAAGAUGACGACGCUGGCCGAACUGGACGCGUCGAACAACAGACUGACACAGGUGCCGAUGACGCUCGGCGACUGCACCGGGCUCAGGUGCUUGAAUCUGAGCAAUAACCAACUUGGAUUGCUGCCACUACAAAUCACAUACCUCCGACUAGAGCACCUAGAUGUAAGCUGCAAUUGUAUCUCUUCACUACCCCUGGAACUGCGCAAUAUGUCGUCCAUCGUCACAUUAAACCUGGAUAAUAACCCACUAGUUUCACCGCCUACAACCAUAUGCAUGCGCGGGCGCGUGCACAUAUUCAAAUACCUGGAGAACAUGGCGAAUAAAGACUCCAUGGCACACCGUCGUGUGGACGACACCCGACGGUCAACAAAACACGCGUCUUUCAAUUCGCCCGGACAAGGCCAGAUCACAUCUGGUAACGCUACCAUUGACUGUUUGAGGCAUAAACCCAGGCAUGUUGUUGAUAGCGGAUAUUGUACUGAUGGCGUGGAAAAGAGGUGGUCGAAUGAUGCGGGUGGUGAGGCAGGAGGAGGAUCAGGUCGGUCCACGCCGAGCACGCCGUCCACGCUCUCUCCGGGCGCGGCGCUAUCCCGUGCGCAGUCACUGUCCAGCGAGUCCCCCCUCGCACCCCUCACACCCAUCCUCACCGGCGUCCGUAUAUCACCCGAAGGGAACGGCGAGGAUAAGAGUAAAUUAGCACAACAACAGACAUACAGACAAUACAAAGAAGCCUUAAGACAGCAGCGCCAACAAGACGUGUACCGCCCCCGCACCGACCAGCCCUCCCCCGAGCUAGACUCCUCGCCCCAAUCCCAAAACCAAAGUCCAGUGCACUUCCAGAAGUCCGGCUCGCCGGUCAACGGAUACAGUAACGUAUCGUACAACAGAUCGCUAUCCUCCAACUCACCGAACAAUUCCAACGUGCCAAACUCCCCCCUCCUCCACUCGACCCCGCGGCGGUUUCAGAGCCAAAACGGCGUGGAGAAGCUGGAGGAGAACAAGCGGCCCGUGCAAAAGGUCGUGCCGUCACGUAACGUCGCCAAAACAACGUUCACGCCCAUCAAUGGGAACGUUGAUUACGCGCGGGUCAACGGUACAGACGCCGCGGUGUACACGAAACCAACGUCACCGACAAAAUCACCAACGAACACAUUAGGGUAUAAGUCGAAUAUUCCCAGGCAGAACGGGGACGCGAAACUGUUAACAACAUCGGUGUCGUAUUUGAAAGGUGGUGGGGCGAAGCCGCCGAACAAAAUGGCGUGGAAUAAAGAGGCGGUGCCCGAUAAGCUCAGCUUCACUAUGAAGAGGGAGUUCGAUAAACAGAAGGAAGAGUCGGAUCUGUUGCACCAGUUGAGAACGAUAAUCGAGAGCCGGCUGAAGAUGUCGCUGCCGGAGCAGCUGGCGCCGGUGCUGGCGGACGGCGUGGUGCUGUGCCACCUCGCCAACCAGCUGCGCCCGCGCGCCGUCGCCUCCGUGCACGUGCCCUCGCCCGCGCAGCCAAAGCUUACAAUGGCCAGGUGUCGAAGAAACGUGGACAACUUUCUGGAGGCGUGUCGAAAAAUUGGUGUCGAAGAGGACGCGAUCUGCUCGCCAGAGGACAUUCUGUGCCACCACCCGGAGCUCCAGGGCGCUGGGUGCAGUACAUUGGUCCCUCUCUCGUACACGAUCGCCGCCCUGGAACACGCGCACCGCCACCGCGAUAGCCCCCCCGAAGCGAUAGAGGUCAAUUACGAACGCGCCAACUCGAGGUACAACGAGGACAGGUAUAUAGCCAAUUUCAAUUACACCAUCGACGAGCUCGACGAGGACGACACCUAUCCGGAUGCGUACAACAGGAUACAGUUCGUCACGCCGUUCUGCAAACGCGGAGACGUCCUCACCGGGGAGACUAUGGAGAUAUACGACACGGACGAGGUGGACUUCCCUGUUGCCAUGCGAGAGGAGGACCUCCAGAGAUACGACAGGGGCAAAAUGAACCUCCACAUCGAGGGCAACUUGAACGCGCCGGUCCACGAGACCGCCAAGGAGUUUGAAAAUCGAAUUUUCUUCACGCUCCUGUGCCUCGGAAGUUUCGUCGUAUCCACUAUUGUUCUCAUAUUGUACCCUCUGUAACUAAGUGUCGGGACUUUUGGAUGGUUCGCCGUAUACGCCGGUGUUUCGAUUUGUCACAAAUUUGCCUUAUUAAACAGUGUAACUGUGAUCCGUUAACGUGAGUGAGGCUGUACAGAAUUGAUCGUUGAGACUGAUGAAAUGAUAAGUAUUGCAUUGCAAGGGACUUUGUCUCGUGUUAGGUUCGAUUCGACAGUAUUAUCAGAAGCAUAUCAAGCGAUCGUGGCUAGAUUUUUAUUUCAAACAAUGUAUGAAUGGAAUUUAUUAGAAAUGUAUGCAUUUUUGCGCUUUAAGGUUCUUUUAGGUACUUAUUGACAUGUUCCGAUUGUAGUUCUUGGCUGAAUAAGGCUAUGCACAUUAUUAAUGUCGGCACUGUAGAGGAUUUUCUAAUAUGAACUAAAAUGUUGUUUAUGCUUGACUUUUAAUAUAUUUCGCAUUGAAAUUUGUAUGUUUAUUAACCGUCUGUUAUAGUUUUAAGAUAUAUUUGAUUCAUUCCUAAUACAGGCAUUUUGAUAGAUAUAGUGUUGCAUUUGUAUAAAUUGCUUUUUGAUUGUUUAUCGGAAAAAUGUUUUGUUUGCUUGAUUUUAUUUUCGAUGGAUCUCAGUUUUGGUUGACAUAAUUUAUUGUGUAAGUGUACAUUUAUGUUGUUCUCUUUCAACGCUACAAUUACGUAAUUCACUUAAGAAAAUGCCGAUAGCGGAUCAAAAUACGCCAAAUUAAGUUCCUAAAGCAACAUGAAAUUGAUAGAAAGAUUUAGACAUCACUUUUAUUGGUAGUGUUCACAUAACGAUAAGACAAUGGUGCUUUUACGAUGCUGUUUCUGAUCUGAAUUAUGUAAUUUUAGUUCUUUACAAGGUUUGGUGCAUUUAUAUCCACAUGGUAGGUAGUAUUGCACUUUAAAAUUUAAGAAUUUUAUACAUUUUAGGUGUUAGACAUUAAGUUUUAUCUACAAGCUAUGAGAUGCGAAUGGUAAUUAAAAAAAAUAUAUUCUAAAUUUUACUGCCGAUUCGUAGGUUGCACUUUUUAUAAUAGUCGAACGUGUAUGUUAUGAAUUUUACAUGUCUUUUGAUAUAACAUUUGCUGGCUCUUUAAUUAAAUCUGUUUUAGAGUAUUAUCUUAUUUAUAAAAUAUUACCAUUUUUAUCGCAUACCUUCCUUAAUUCGGAAUAUUAUGUUUACGGUAAUUUAAAUCCUCUACAAACCACAUACUUCCAAAGUACAAUAACAAUAUAAAUAAAUGUUGGUGCGUGCAACAUAGUAACGAAGAGUAUAUGUAUGAUAUAUACAUUUUAUAUUAAACCCACUUAUGUGUUAAAUGUUUCUUAUUAAAUAAGAAUUGUAUGCCUUAAUGGAAUUCAUAUCUAUUGUAUGUGAUGCAAACACUUAUUUAUGCUUUACUAUAGACCGUUUUACAGCGAAGUAAUAUAGUCGGAUUUUCCUAAAAAUAUAGGGAUUUUGAACUUAAAGUCAAAUGUUGUAAAAUUAAUUGACGAAAAGUGAAUUAAUUUCCUUGAUACUCCAGUGCGGGGUCGUGGAAUAUCGCUUUUGAAUCAUACAACACGUAAUCGAUUAUUUCAAAGGUAUAUCGACUGCUUUAAUAUCACAAUUUUAAUAUUCUAAAAAAACUAACAUUAUGUUAGAAUUUUUGUUAAAUGCUGUAAAAGGUCGUUUUAGUAGUGAGUAGUGAUAAUUAGACUGUUUUUUGAGGCUUUUCGAAAUAAUAUUUGUAAAAGACACGUUUUAUUAAUUUAUAAAAUUAACCUACUUAUUACUAUACGUAAUAAAUAACUUAAGCCAAUCGGAGACCGAAUAUUGCCAACUAACAUUUUUAAUGUUUAAGAUUUUUUAUUGCAUUUAAUCGUAGACUAUUAAAACUAAUUUACAAUAUAGUGGUUGUUGUAGGCAGCUUUAACUGACGGGAGUUAUCUGAAAAUCGAAAGUAGGUAGCGUUUUCAGAGUAUGCUGCAUUACACUUUUAAUUUAAAAUUGCGAGAAAAUUUUCCGCCAGGCCAUUAAUAAAUUUAACGAGAAAACUCAGCAUAUCACCAAAUAUAAUAAUGGUGAUUACUUGAUUAUGGUGACUCGUAUUAUUUCAUAAUAAACGAUAUAAUCAUUUGCAUUUUGAUUUAAUAAUGUAAAUUUUAAGUUCAUAUUCGAUGGAUUCAUUUAAUAUGGCACAUGUUUAUGUUAAAAUUGCUAUCCAGAUUUGUGUUUUGUAACAAAUUAUAAACAAAUAACGAGCAUUCCAAAGAUGUUAUUACAUUCAAAGACUGUAGACCUGGAGUGUUAACGUGAGGUCGUAAGUAGUCCAAAUUCGAGUGUGGGUAAGUGAUGGUGCUAGGCGAUCUAUAUUGCUCUUUCUACCUCGUCUUUUUCCCACACCACAAUUAGUACUGCUUUAAGACGUCACUCGCCCCCUGUACUUUUUAUUUACUUUAUAAUAGAUUCAUAUAGGUACACAAUGAAUAUAGGAGCUGGUUUUAAAAUUAGCGCUUUUUUAUUUCCCGCAUAAAUAUCUUGGAGAAUAUUUCUCUAAUUGCAGUGUUUUGUUUUUUAUUAAAGAUUAGAAUAAAUAAAUAAACACGAAAAAGGCUUUUUAAUACGAGUAUUUUUUUCUAAUAUUAAGAAUAACCGAAGCUUUUCCGUAUGUUUUUGAGCUUUAAAAUUACAAGUACAAUUUUAAUAUAUUCUGUAUACAACUAUAUAGAGAUAACGUUAUAUAUAAUAAUGAUUUAUGCUUUCUUAUUGUAUUAGUUUGUUUUGGUGCUUGGGUGUGUAUUUUACGACUGGUUUUGAAUUAAUCUAUUUUUUCUUUAACUUUGUAUAGAUUCUAUUCUUUAAUAUAUUUUCGGAGUAUAAUAUGUUGUUACUAUUAAUCGAGAAACAAUAUAAUUUUAUAGACUUUAGUUUUAUCCAGUCAGUAUUUCUUUUCUUAUGUUUUUAUAUAAAUCUAAGUACACGACAAACAGCAACACAGUAUCAUUAAAUUGCUUUUGAUUCCAAAACAAUUAAAUGAAUUGUAAUAAGAAGAUUGUUUGUUAAUUACAUAAAUCCAUUCUGUGACUGUCUUCUAUGUCUAUUACAUUAUAAUGCAAUAUUUCUAAAACAUAACUUCUAAUGUAUUCAAGUAUUUGAAAAUAUAAAACCAGUCUUUUAUCAAAUUCCAUUUACAAUUAGCAUUAAUUUUGUGUAACGUUAAAUUGUCGUUGUUUUAUUUAUUACAUUUUAAGUUUUUUUUUUGCAUUUCUUAUUAUCAUUGGAGAUAUGUUUGGUGUAUGUUUUGAAAUAUUUUCUUUUGGCAAUGUGUAUUUUUUUCAUAUGUACUU